AUGUUGUCCUCUGAUAUCAGUAACAUUUGGAACUCUUCUGCAAGACUCGAAGCGUCGUUUCGGGGCCGCAGCCUGCGGGGCGAGGAGGUGGCGGUGCCGCCCGGCCUCGCGGGGUUCGUGCUGGAGGCGGAAGAAAAAGCAGAGGGGUUGGCGGGGAAGCCGGACUUCUCGGGACGCUCGGAGGACGACGACCAGGAAGAGGAGCAGCCUCUGGAGCGGGACUUCGACCGCUUCGUCGGAGCCACCGCCACUUUCGGCGGCUUCACCCUGUGGGGCCUGGAAGCCGUCCCGGGCCCUGACGCCAAAGUGCGCGGGGCCCUAACUUGGCCCAGCCUCGCGGCAGCGAUCCACGCACAGGUGCCCGAGGACUGAGAACUGGAGCUCGAAACUCAAAGCCGGAUCCCAUCACAGCAACAAACCAGCUCUUCGCCUCGGAGCCACUGAUUCCAUCACCCCAAUAAACACUC